GUUGUAUCUAAAUAAGAAUAAACAGAAACUACUUCUUAAUACAAUAGAAACCUUUAACAAUUUUAAAGCCUAAAGUAAUGUUAUUUUUAAUAUGCCAUUAAAGAUAAAAAUGAAAGCAAACUUUAUGUAAAACACAUGAAAGAAAAAAAGGGAAUACAAACAAUUGUCAAAAAGCCAAAGUUUCAAAUUAAAGUUUGACUUUAACGAGAAUGGAGAACGAGAAAAGUCCGCUUCUUGAAAAUGAAUACAGUGAAUCGUUAAUUGAUCCAAAUAGAGGACACAGCACAAAUAGUUGCAGUUAUGAUUUUCAUAUAUUGAAUAAAGAGUUUCCUGACAUAUUCUACAAGAAACAGGUUUACUUAAAUAAUCAAUCAAUCCAAAGAAUAGACAAUGGUUUUCUAAGUUUUUUUCUUGUAUUUGGAUCUCCAGAGGCAAGAAAUUCUGUUAACUGUAUAACUGUUAAGGUUCAACAUGCUUUUAAACAGCAUAAAGAUGUAAUUAUCAAACAUGAUCAAAGUUUUAUGGAUAAAAAUAAGGUUUGCAUAAAAAUCGAUUUGAACUCUGUGUAUGUGGUAGAUAAUUUUAAAGUUUUCGAAUUGGAUAAAAAUUGCAAUGAUGAUCAAAGAAAAUCAUUCUUUCUUGAUGUUGAAGUAAAGUUUUCUAAUAACAAAACUUACAAACAAUCUACUCAAAGGUUUUGUUUGGUUGGAGGAAAAGGACGUCUAAAUUCUUCAUCUAGUGCAGCAAUUGUUUCUCCGUAUUCGACGCCUACUCAACACUAUGCUGAAUUUGGAUACAGUACUUCAUCAAGAGAAGUAAGAUGCACUCAGUUAUCUCCUCUUCUACAAUCAGAUGAGUUUACAACCAGUUGUACUUCAUCAAGAGAAGCAACAUUUUCUCAGUUAUUAUUUCCUCUUCUACAAUCAGAUGAGUUUACAACCAGUUGUACCUCAUCUAGAGGAGCAAUAUUUUCUCAGUUUUCAUCUCCUCUUCUACAUUCAUAUGAGUUUACAAGCAGUUAUACCUGGAUUUGUUUUAUUGUUUGUAUUGCUUUGGCUAUUUUAAGUAGCGUUUUCCUUUACCAAGUCUUUGCACCUGGAACAAGUUAUCGAUUCUUUCUUUGUAAACAAGGAAGAUUAAGUGGAUCUGCAUUUUUUCAGUAUAUUCCACUUCAAGCUACUAGUCUUUAUCCUCAGGUUAGAGGUAUUGAAUUUGAGUUCUCAGUUCUUAUGCAGAAGACAGAUCACCCUCGGUAUAAACGGUUAAACAUAACAGGAGUCAGAUACUACAUGAAUAUAGACCGUUGUGCAUACAAAUCUAAUACACAAUCUAGUAACAGUGUAUUAACAAAUCCUGUUACCUACGGUCAUGACGUGUUUGCUGUAGACAAAGAAUGCUAUAACGCAUUUUAUUUUAAAGAUGAAAAAUGGUGGCGUUAUGAUUUUGUUUCCUGGGAAACCAAACAAAACAUAUUUUGUCAUCCUCCAUCCACCUCGAAGAACUUUACAUGGUCAUAGUUACCUUUUUUUAUCUACCGAUGUGAAUAUCUACUUGUAACGUAAUGUAGACAUUACUGUCUUGUAAUGUGAAAUUAUAUUUUUCUGUUAGAGUUAUUCUUAACUUAAAGUUGUUGUAAAUGACUGCACUAUUUUGUUAAAGUAUAUUUAGCAUGUUUGCACUGUUUUGUUAAUGUAAAUUUUUGAUAGAAUAGGUUUAAACUUGAAAUGGUCGUAGUAUUUGAA